ACUAAAAUUAUUUUUGCCCCACGAGAACGUAAACUACAAUGAAGGAAAUAAAAAAGAAAUCAAAGCCAAAACGCAAGCCCACUCGCAUGGAAGUGGAGGAGAGUGAGCCUGAGAUGCCGUUCUCUUAUAAGACGCAGCCAGAUGAAGGUGAGUCUGUGAAUGGGGAGGCACAUACCUCGGAUGACGGCGAUGAAAUGGAGCUGGCCACCUUCAAAGCCGCCAGCAAGAAGGGUGUCAUCUACAUAUCCAACCUACCCAAGCACAUGACCUUGACCCGCCUGCGUGAAAUCUUGGGCGAGUACGGUGCCAUCGGCAGAGCUUUCCUGCGGUCGCAGAAGCUGUCAAGAAAGCCUCAUAAUUUCCUCUUCGCCGAGGGUUGGGUGGAAUUCAAAUCGAAACGUGUGGCCAAACAGAUCGUUCCACUGCUCAACUACAAGCAGAUAUCCACGCACAAGAAGUCCCCAUUUUAUUACUCACUGUGGAUCAUGGAGUACCUGCCGCGCUUCAAGUGGGCCCGUCUAAACGAACUCAUGAACAUCGUGCCGGUCACCAACUCUCAGAACCAUCUCAAGUUCCUCAAUAAGAAGGCGAAGAAGGCCAAGAAAGUUAAGAAAGCCAAGAAGGCUCUGGCUGACAGACUUCUUGAGUUAGUGCUAGCCUCUAGCAUCUAAUGUUAACUAGAUUGCAAAUAUACUUAAAUAAAGUAGAUCAAAUG